GGGCGCAGGCGCAGGUGCGGGGCUGCUCCGCCGCCCGCAGCGUAAACAAGGGGCUGGCGGCGAUGAGGAGGCCGCGGGUGUGCGGCGGGGAGCGGGACCGCCGGGGUUGAGGUUCCGUUGUCUGUCGGAGGAUUGGGUGUGUGUGUGUGUGUGUUUCCCUCAGCCCCUCCAUCUCCCGCCGGACGGGGGUGGUGAGGGCCGUCCCGCCAUGAACUUGGCCAGUCAGAGCGGCGACGCCGGCAGCGGCCAUCUGCUCUUCGCCAACUUCAACCAGGACAACACAUCCCUUGCAGUUGGCAGUAAAUCAGGUUACAAAUUCUUCUCUCUUUCUUCUGUGGACAAAUUGGAGCAGAUCUAUGAAUGCACUGACACAGAAGAUGUGUGCAUUGUGGAGAGGCUCUUCUCCAGUAGUCUGGUGGCCAUAGUCAGCCUUAAAGCUCCACGCAAGCUGAAAGUUUGUCACUUUAAGAAGGGGACAGAGAUUUGCAACUACAGUUACUCCAACACCAUCUUAGCUGUCAAACUCAAUAGACAGAGGCUGAUAGUCUGUCUGGAAGAGUCUCUUUACAUACACAACAUACGAGACAUGAAGGUAUUACAUACAAUCAGGGAGACACCUCCUAAUCCUGCAGGGCUGUGUGCUUUAUCAAUAAACAAUGAUAACUGUUACCUGGCCUAUCCAGGAAGUGCAACUAUUGGAGAAGUACAAGUCUUUGACACCAUCAAUCUGAGAGCUGCUAAUAUGAUCCCAGCUCAUGAUAGUCCCUUGGCUGCUUUGGCAUUUGACGCCAGUGGGACUAAACUUGCCACUGCAUCAGAAAAGGGGACAGUAAUAAGAGUGUUUUCCAUUCCAGAGGGACAAAAGCUCUUUGAAUUCCGAAGGGGAGUGAAGAGGUGUGUGAGCAUCUGUUCAUUGGCCUUCAGCAUGGAUGGCAUGUUUCUGUCUGCAUCCAGUAACACAGAGACAGUGCACAUCUUCAAACUUGAGACUGUGAAAGAAAAACCUCAGGAAGAGCCUACAACCUGGACAGGUUAUUUUGGGAAAGUACUGAUGGCCUCAACCAGCUAUCUGCCCUCUCAAGUAACAGAAAUGUUCAACCAGGGCAGAGCCUUUGCUACGGUCCGACUGCCGUUCUGUGGGCACAAAAACAUCUGUGCCCUCGCCACAAUCCAGAAGAUCCCUCGUUUAUUGGUGGGAGCUGCUGAUGGAUAUCUCUACAUGUACAACCUCGACCCCCAAGAAGGAGGAGAGUGCACACUAAUGAAACAGCACAAGCUUGAUGGCAGCAUGGAGCCAGCCAACGAAAUCCUGGAGUCUGCAUCCCACGACCGGCCCUUGGUAGCACAGACGUACAGUGCUGCUGUGACUAAAGGUACAUAUGUGCCUUCCUCACCCACCAGGCAUGCCUAUACAGAUGACCUGGGUGCUGUGGGUGGAGUUUGCCUGGAAGAUGAAACCAACUCACUUAGAUUGGAUGAAGACAGUGAGCAUCCUCCCAUGAUCCUUCGGACAGACUGAACCUUGACCUGUGAACUCACUCACUCCUGAAGCAGAGAACACUGGCUUGAUGUUUCCUGAGGAAUCUCGUGUUAUGCUGCUAUGAACUUUGACAUGAGUUGGGAGAGAGGAUGACAGACUCUUGCAGUUUUAAGUCGUAGCUGUAGUUCUAAUUCUAUACAAUUGGACAAAUAUAUGGUUUUCAAUUCAGUGGCUUUUAAUCUUGCUUAUCUAUUUUAGCUGUGUUUAUUUUUAUUUUUUUGUUGCCAAAACCUGCUGUUUGUGCAGCCCUCAGAGCCUGAUAGCUUUGCAUGCGUUCAUGUGCCAAGCAAGCAUAGGAGGGGGAGAGAGAGAAGCCACUUUAUAGCAAACUCAAGUUUGUAUUUUUUUUUAUAUAUGUAUAUAAUAUUUAGCUUAUAUAAGGAAGGAGUCAAGAAGUGGUUCUGGAAGCUGAGACUAGUUCUGCACUGACAAAGGUCCAAAUGGUUUCCUGUGCAUGGGCUUGCAGGCAUACCUAGUGACUGACAUGCAACCUUUCAGAUGCAAUGGCCUGGGUUUUUUUUGUUUUGUUUUUUUGGGGUUCUCCCUCCCCUUUCCUGGACCAUUUUGUUAAUUAAAAUUCCUUCUGAAUGUUGUGUAUUUGUGGGACUGUUCUGUUUGCUGGGAUGGAAAACUGGAUGUGUUUCCCUGCAUAAGGAUAUAGAAUAUGGAAAGUGCCUUUACAGGGAAGAAAAGGAGGUGCUGCAGGAGGAAAGUAGCAUGGAGGAGGAACUGCUGGAGACUUGGUUGUACAACUUUAGUAUUUGGCUGUCUGCUAGUGGCUGUUGAGUUUCUGGGUAUUUUUUUUGAGAAGACUUGGAAUGCACUUUCUUUCUUUCCUGUAGAUUGUCUUAUUUCCUUGGCAGAGUAGCAAUAACUUGUUUUUUUUUUAUACUGUUUUAAUUAUCCAAAGAAGGAUUAUGUCAGGCUGGAUGGAAGUCCCUAUAGAGUAUGGCAGCCUCACUCUUGAAACAGCCUUAAGGUUUUCAGCUGGAAGGCUCAGCUCUCAGUUCUUGCUUCUCUUCAGGCUGGGGCUGCUGCUGGUGUACUGCUCUAACUGGUGGUUUAUGAUUUAUUUGUUUUCCAUAAAAUGCUGUAAAUAUAAAUGAUGUAGAAAGAUAAAUUUUGUUCUGGGUUCUCUUCUGCUGGAUAACAGUGCUUUUUUUUUUUUGCUUUUUUUUUUAUUUCACCUUUCAUCAGAGUAUUUCUUGUGAUAUGCUCCAAGGACUGGUUGUCUCUUUGGCAGUUUGGGAAUAAAUCCAUAACUGCCCUGCCCCUGGCUCUGUCUUUCCAAGGCUGAGCAGUGCUGCAGACUAUUUUUAGGGUUGUAAUGUGCCUUCUCUUAAGUCUUGGGUAACAGUAAGUGAGCAAGUGAUUAGCUAAGUACUUGGUGAGUGUUACCUUCCUUUGCCAAAACCAGCCUGCUUUGCCUUUUGUGUAGCAAUGUGGGUUGCUUCCUUUUCCUCUACUGACUGCUUGCAAAAAGAAAAAGGGAGGGGAGAAAAAAAAAA